AUCCUCUCAAGUCUUUGCUCGACUCCUCCCGUCCCAUCCUCACCUCAAGUUUCUUCGCUCCUUCACCCUGGUCUUAUCUCACUUCUGCUGUGCUCUCAUUCUCCAUCCCGCCGUCAUGAGCGUCGACAGCCAUUCCUCUUUCCCUUCUGCUGACCCUUUGAAGAACAAGAAAAGACCUUCCUUGUUGGAGUUUCUGCAGAAUCAAGCUGGCGACACAUUCUAUCCUGAAGAUAUUCUGAGUGAAUUGAGCUUGCAAGACGGCGAGUCUUUUGCUACAAGCCCGUUGUUUAUACCUGAAUCGCCACAAGGCAAACGAGGGUGUGAAAGGUCAGCAAGCUUCGGGGGUUCUUCCAAAAAACUGCAGUCAGCCAUUAGCGAUUGUACCGAUUGCGAGUACAUUGAGAUCAAGCUCAAUGCUCAGCCUUCUCGCAAGCUUUACAACAGCUUCAUAGGACGCAGCGCAUCUAUGUAAUGAUAUGGCGAGCCUGUACAGCUUCAACUGUGCAACUGGUAUCGUAGUGAAUUGAUGCACAUGUUACUUUCCUGCUUCGAUAACGCCAGUCAAUUGAGUUUAGUCGACUUGUGGCUCAUCACAUUGUAAUAUUCUUUCUCUUAGAAAUAGCUCCACUCUCUUAAUUUGAAACGAACUUGUUAAUGCACCCAUAUUCGAAAAU